AUGGUGUUGAACAAUGCUCAACUUCAUCCUGCUAUUACCUUCUCCAACAAGAUGUUUUGCAAGGAUAAAGAGUUUUCGAGGUAUGUGCGUCACUUUCGUGACCACGCUAUCUAUCCAGCCUUUACUAUUCAGACCUCUGCCUUCACCAAAUAUGAUAUGGAUGUCUGUGGUCUCGUUCGUAAUCUUGGAUGGGAGUCUUUGUUCGAGCAUUAG